UAGAGCGCGUGGUAGUGACGUAAGUGGUUUGCGACGCCGUCGGCUGGCCGAUUCCUAGAGUCCUGCUGAUUGACUCGCUAACUAAGCCGUGCGCUAUGGCCUCCGCCGGGGUGGCGCCCGGGCGACAGUCGGAGGAUGCAUUACCUCCACCAUCCGAGUCGUCGCUGCCAGAGACCAAGCCGCUGCCGCCUCCUCAGCCACCUCCACCGGUUGCCGCGCCCCAGCCGCAGCAGUCGCCGGCGCCACGGCCUCAGUCGCCGCCCGGCAUAAAGGAGGAAGAAAACUACUCCUUUUUACCCUUGGUUCACAACAUUAUCAAAUGCAUGGACAAAGACAGCCCUGACGUCCACCAGGACUUGAACGCCCUCAAAACUAAGUUCCAGGAGAUGCGCAAGCUCAUCAGCACCAUGCCUGGCAUCCAGCUGAGCCCCGAGCAGCAGCAGCAGCAACUGCACAGCCUUCAGGAGCAAGUCAGGACUAAGAAUGAACUUCUACAGAAGUACAAGAGCCUCUGCAUGUUUGAGAUCCCCAAGGAGUAGAGCAAGCCAACUUCCAGGACUACCUAAGAGAGAAGGAGGAGGCAAGUGGCUCUGCUGUCUCCUCACACAUUCCUUGGCACUGUUCUUCAACCCCAGAUCUGAAUUGCAGCCAAGUGGGGCUGAUGUAUUGCCUCGUUAGCUGAACUUGGUCUUGACUAUGUGGGCAUCAGCCCCCAGCUUAUAUGUGUACAUGUGUCUUGUGCAUCUCCACUCUGAGUGCCUACUGCUGCAAGAAUGUUCCUGAGGCAGGGGAGGGGGAGGACUUCACCCUGUCUCUGGAGAGGGGCCAUCUGUUGUCCCUGGGCCCACCAGCUGCUCUGAAGAGCACAGUAGGAAAGGAGGCAGCUCCUGCUUGACUCCUGCCCUUGGCUCCUCCCGCCCCCAGUAGGAUCAGGGUGUACCAGGUACAUAUUGUUCCCAUUAGCGGCAGUUUCAUGAAGCAUUUGCAUAGAAUUCACUAGUUGAAUUAGGUCUGCAUGCAUAUGGCAUGAAUUUACAGAAUUAAAGAAGGCUGUGAGAAAUGAACACUGUUUUGAAAGGCCAGAGGGUGGGUGGCUUUUCCCUGUGAAGCAGUUUGGUUCCGUUUGUAUUUGAGCCAGUGAACAACUGUGUCCAUGGGGUAUCAGCCCAGAUCCCUGGCAGGCGGCCGCUGACUUCAGGCUCCCUCCUACGCUGUGUCCUUACAGCCGGCUCUUGCAUCCUUUGUCUCCUGCAAUCAUAGGGCCCAAGAAUAGCCAACCACCCCCAAUGCAGUGCUUCCUGGGGAUGGAGAGGGCCCCUGUUCCCAUGCAGGUACAGUUGGGAUUUAAGUAGGCACAUCUCUCUGAUCCCCGUUGCCCUGGUUUAGAACAUUAUUUCUUCUCUGGCUGCCUCAGCAAAGAGUGAUUGCACUUGCUGCCCUGCAAAGGGUUUCCAUUGUGCUUUUUGCUUAGAGAAUCACGGCUCUAGUGCCAGUGGGGUGGUCCAUCAGCCAGGUGUCCAGGACAGCUCUGGGUCAGUGCUGAUGGGAUGGUGUGACCUGCAAGCUACGUGGCCAACUUCUCAUUCUUAGGUGUUCACAUAUAUUCUCACUGUCCCCCAAUGCCGCUGGUUUCUUGCAAAUAGGUGAUGUUCGUAUCCUCGCUGUGGCUGUCAUACUGAGGUGAGAGCAGUGCCUUCCCCUGUUCCUGAGGACAAAGGAGAAGUGACUGAGCAUUGUUUAGUUCUAGAAAUGGGCUCAUAGCCUAUGUCACCCAGUUCAGGAGCUUAGCAGCUACCCCCCAAUGGCCUCAUUGGUAGCAGCGCUGGUUGGGGUGUUUAUAGCAGGGAUUCCAGUGGCAUCAGCCUGUAGCCACCUGUCAGGAGAUGGCUGGCAUGUUGAGAUAGUUGUGUGAGGGAGGAUAUCAGCUUUCAUUGGUCAGAAAAGCAGGCUCUGAGUUGAAGUGGGUAAUCACUUGUUAGACCGGUUCUACCUUGAGAUUGUUACUUAACUGAAUCAGUUAUUUUCUUGCAAUUUACAGUAGUGGUUGGGCCAGUUUUAAGGCUUUGACCAAAUACCAUAAAGCAUGAAGCAUAUGAAAAUUCUAGGCAUUGGCUGGGCAUGGUGGUACACACCUGUAAUCCCACUUGGGAGGCUGAGGCCGGAGGAUCACUGAGUUCAAGGCCAGCCUGGGCUACAUAGUUCAAGGCCAGUUUGAACUAUAUAGCAAGACUGUCGCAAAAAAAAAAAAAAAAAAAGUCCAGACCUUGCAGGUCUUUCUGUGAGGCUGAAAUGGAUAGUGUCUCCUCAGAGAGGUAGAGGGAAACAAACCCCCGUGUUCCAGUUUUGACUUGAGAUGUUUUUCAAAUGUAUAAUUAAAAAGUUACAUUCUGCUAUCA